GUGUGUGUGUGUGCUGGAGUGUAGAUGCUCCUUUCAGCUUGUUGCUCUGUAGCAAAACAAAGUGGUUUGCAGAUCAUCUCUUUUCCUGCUGCUGAAUCUGUGAGGUGUCAGCAGGAGAAAAAUAGAAAAGGCUCUCAGCCAUGGCUGUGCGCAUCAUACGAGGAAUGGAAGACCUGGUGGCAUCGGGCAGCCAGCUCGUCUGGAGCCUGGCACAUCAGACCCUGAGGAGGUGGUACAACCGUGGGCUGAUGCCAUGCAGACGCUUCUUAGAAGCCUGGUUGAGGAUUGGAAAAUGCUACCAGAUGACUGAAGGCCGUCUUUGCCAGGUUCACCUCCUCGAUGGCAGGGAUCUGGAGCUGCUUGUGCAGCCCAAGCUGUUGUCCCGCGACCUGUUAGAUUUGGUGGCCUCACAUUUUAAUCUGAAGGAAAAAGAAUAUUUUGGAUUGUGCUUUAUCGAUGACACUGGUCAGAAUAACUGGCUCCAGCUGGAUCGUAAAGUCCUUGAUCAUGACUUCUCCAAGACUUCGGGGCCUUUGGAACUCAAGUUCCUUGUGAGGUUUUAUAUUGAGAAGAUCACCUUCUUGAAAGAGAACACAACAGUGGAGCUGUUCUUCCUGAAUGCAAAAUCUUUAGUGUUUAAUGAGACCAUCGAAGUCGAGAGUGAAAAUGUUUUCAAGUUAGCUGCAUUCGCAUUGCAGGAGGCCAAAGGAAAUUACACCAGUGCUGAGACUGCCAGAUCACACCUGAAAGAGCUCCCAGUUCUUCCCACCAGAGUUUUAAGGGAGCACCCAUCUCUCAAUUACUGUGAGGACAAAGUGACUGAACAUUACAAGAAACUGAAGGGACUGACCAGAGGACAAGCCAUUGUGCGGUAUCUGGCCCUGGUGGAGUCCUUGCCGACAUAUGGAGUCCAUUAUUACCCAGUGAAGGACAAGCAAGGAAUACCAUGGUGGUUGGGAGUCAGCUACAAAGGCAUCGGCCAAUACGAUUUGCAGGAUAAGCUGAAACCACGAAAGUUGUUUCAGUGGAAACAGUUGGAGAACUUGUAUUUCCGCGAGAAGAAAUUUGCAGUGGAAGUGAAUGACCCGCACAGUAGAAUAGUGACCAAGCGAACUUUUGGACAGGCUGGCCUGGUUAUUCACACAUGGUAUGCCAGCCACUCUCUGAUUAAAACCAUCUGGGCGAUGGCCAUCAGUCAGCACCAGUUCUACCUGGACAGAAAGCAAAGCAAAUCGAAGAUGACCACAACCAGGAGUUCAGGAGACAUCGCCACGGACCUUACAGUGAUCUGCGCCCCGCGGAUCAGUAAACUUUCCAGCAUUGAGAGCAAAGACCAGCUUAUCAUGGCCAGCAAUGGAAGCCUCAUCUCAGCCGGUUCUGCUGAGUCUGAAGUCAGCGAGGAGCAGAAGAAAGAGAAGAUCACCGAGUUAAAAAAGAAAGAAAAGGACCUUCAAGACACACUGACACAGAAACUUGAGGAACUGAAAAAGAUCUGCAUGAGAGAAGCUGAGCUUACAGGCAGAUUACCUCAAGAGUAUCCCUUGGCCACAGGUGAGAAGGCUCCCCAAGUUCGUCGCCGUGUUGGGACGGCCUUCAAGUUGGAUGACCUUUUCCCCUAUGAUGAGGACCCACAUCUGAGGAAUCUGGAGAGCAUGUUUGCCUUACAGCAGAAAAUUGUGGAAGCAGCCAUCAAGUUAGCCGGUGAGGGCGACCUCUGCAAGACAGUUAAGAAGAAGAGGAGAAACAACUUUCUGGACGCAAAGAGGAAGCUGGAGGACAUUGAGAGGGAGAUCAACGCCUACAGGAUCAGGAAGGGAAAGAAGCCCACCCAGAGAGCUUCACUUAUCUUAGCAGAUGAUGUUAACCCUUCAGACCUUAGUUCUCUAUCUGACAGCCUCACUCUGGAUGAUGAUGAUGAGCUUGGUUCCCAGAGGCAGCGUUCCAGAUCGGUGCAAUAUUCCCCAAGACCCCACCAUGCAGAAACUCUGGACAUCCACUACAGCAAAGACAGACGGGCCUCUGCCAAUGACCAGCAUGCAGACAGCAGAUUAAAUUACGGCCAAGUCCAGGAAUCGCUCCACCACAGUCACCGUGAUGCCUUAUCAAGCCACAGCAGCCCGUUUAAACCGGCUUCCAGACAGCCACGUGAUGCCCGCAGCAUGCCCCCCACCCCCCUCCUCACUCGCAAUGCCUACAGCAGCACCCAGCUCAGAUCAGAAGAUGCUCCACAACAUUUCCGUCAGCGCAGUGGGAGUCUGGAGUCCCAAUCUCAGUUCCUGACAGAUGCCGAACCUCCUGCACAAGCGUUCACCUUUUCACCAGCGCGACGUAGCAACAGCACUGAGGUCCUCGACGACGGUUCCUCCUACACAAGUCAGUCCAGUGUGGAGUACAGUGUUCCCGGUAACCACACCCACAGGCGCAGAGCUCGCGGUCGCCACAGAAAAGACUUGUACGCCAACACAGGCAGCAUGCCCAACCUGGCUCAGGCAGACGCUCGCUGCUACGCUUUCCAGCCUCGGUCCCGGCCCACCACAACAGCCUAUUAUGUCACAGGCUAUCCCAGCUACGCAGACCCAGAGCCUUACUCCAAUGGAGUCUACAUGUACGACAACGAGAUGGAGGGACACUAUACCGUCAAUCCCUCCUACCAACCUGCUCCAGCAUCUUAUCACAGCCACGACAUGCACAGUCAUUACGGUAACGAUGAAAUGGACUGCAUGGCCCAGAACCCAUACGCCACGUUGCGGCCACCCAGGAACCGCCAGGUGCCCCGCAGCAACGAACAGGUCAGCAAGAACAUCCAAAAGGCUUUGGUGGCUGAACACUUGAGAGGAUGGUACCAUCGCAACGCUCCACACAAACAAGCUGCGUACAACUACGACUACGACAGAGGUUCCCAGCAGAGCCUGGGUUAUCAGACCAUGCCUACACCCUACAGCCACAACAACAGGAACAUCUCUUACUCAUCAGUGUCUUCAGUGUCCUCCACUGGAAACUGGCACAACCACAUGAGUGGUGGUAUGUUGGAAUAUGACAUGCCUGUGCAUGCGCCGCCGUCCUACUCUUACAGCACAGCCCCCUAUAGCCACUCCGCCCACAGCAGAUAUGGCGCCUCCCAGCUUUUAAAGGGCUCCUGGCACAGCCCUGAUGGCCAGAGGCGUUGUGCCUUUUUCCCUGCUAGUUCUUCCUCCUCAGCUUCCUCCUCCACCUCCUCCCUGCUCCCCUCCUCCUUUCCCUCCUCCUCCUACUCCCCUGGCUGUCGGGUCAGACAGGUGGCCUCCAGCCCUGCGCAGCCACAAUCCUCCAGAGGGCAAAGGCUCAAUAAGGUGUCCUUUGCUAAAGGUAGCUCAUAAUCCUACAUAGAUGUCAGCAACCAAAUGCACACUAACAUGGACCCAGAAGAGCAGAUUUGCUGGCACGAAGACUCAAAACCGGGAACAAUAGUGUAGUUGCCUAUCUGUCAUUGAAUCGAAUUUUUCACCUUGACAAGUUGUCAUUGUGCCUUAGACUGCACUUCCCUGUUUUUCUGUAAAGGGGAUCCAAAGAAUGAAGGAACUUAAUGUGGAAUUCAGUUUGUAAAAGAAAUGAAGUCUACUUAUCUUCUGUUGUCAUGAACGCAAUUGCCAGACUGACCCACAUGUUUUUGUUGAAAUCAUAACAAAACCCCAAGGGAGCGUCUAUGUGUGUGGAUUGGGAGUGUUUGUGGUGAUGGCACUUGUGCACUGAAACUAUACCAGGACCUGCUGUGGACUGUGUGGUAUAGCCAAAGGGAAUGUGGAUUAAACAGCUCCAGUGUUUCUCCGUAGAGAUGCCAACUUCACAAACCUAGGACUAGGACUGUCUCUGGAAGAGGAUACUGAGCCGUAACGAACAACAAGAAUGACUCAUUCUGCUCUGCUACUUACACACACGUAUGAACACUGUAAACAUGAAGGAUCAGAUAAGGAUGGAUAAGGACUUUAUUGAAAUGAAGGAUUGAACUCAUUAAGAGUGAGUCAAAAAGAGACGCCUACUUCCUGGAACGUUCCAGUCACCAGAUCCAGUUUUGUCAAACUGUUACCUGUAACUCUUGUCAUUUACAAAGUAUUCAGUUUAUCUCACCGUCAGUACUUACAGUAAAAUUGAGCCAAAUACUUCUACAUCACACCAUUUGAGUAUUACCCCAAGUCACCAUCUUUGAUAUUACUGCCACAUCUGAUCAGUCACUGCAGGAGGACAGAAAAUCAAGUUUUUGUUGAUUUUUUAUUUUUUUUAUUUUAACAUGGGUAUUUCAUCCAUGCUGGAGAUCAUGGACUGGUGCUCCCAAUUUCUCUCAGAGAAUGAAGCUGUAUGUAAAUGUUAUUGUAAAUACACUGGUUCUGUCUUUUUUUCUUUCUUUUUUUUUUUUUUUUUUAGAGCAUUUUUAUGUAUUUGAAAAGCAUGUAAUAUAUAGUAAACAACUGUUGUUAAGCUGGUUCUUAGUCAUUUAUAUAAUUGCGUUUUUGUUUGAAUUAAAAAAAAAAAUCAGCAUUUGAAA